AUGGCAAACUCACUGCUGAAUGCAUUCUCGCUCCUCACAGUCGCACUCAACCGGAUUCUUGCCUGGCUAGACCGCGGCGUCCACUAUGCCAGCGGCUACAUCUUGUAUUACUUAUUCAGGGGGCUCAAGCCCCAGACUCACACGCGGCCUCGCACGAUCAGCGAAGGCCGCUUCUACUCGCCAGCCGUCGUCAUCACCGGUGCCAGUGAGGGUAUCGGCCUGGCAACCGCCCGACACCUAGCCUCCAAAGGCUACACCGUCUUCGCCACGGCGCAGGACGAGGCCGAGCUCUCUAAGAUCAGAACAGCCGCCUACGAGCAAGCCCAUCCGCGCCACGACCACCAGCGCGGAACCGCCGGCGGCGCCAUCCACCCGGCGCUCAUGGACGUCCUCUCGGCCGACUCCAUCGCGCACUGCGCGGCACACAUCGAGUCGACCCUCGCCGGCGACCCGGACCGGCCCCUCGUCGGCGUGGUCAACAACGCGGGCUAUUGCAUGAUCUCGCCCAUGGAGCUGACGUCCGACGCCGACGUGCGCCGCAUCUUUGAGCUGGACUUUUGGGCAUACAUCGCGGUCAUCCGGGCAUUCUUGCCGCUCGUCAAGCGGAACAAGGGGCGGUUUGUCAGUGUCGGGAGCUAUGGCGGGUAUGUCAACCCGCCGCUGUGGGCGCCGUACUGUGCGUUGAAGGCGGCCCUGGAGGGAAUGACGAGAGCAUGGCGGUUGGAGUUGAUGCCUUUUGGUGUCGGUAGGUGCACAUCUGAGCAGUUUUGGGUGAUCGCGACCUUGGGCUGA